UUUUGAUGGCCAGGCCCGAGAGCUGAACAGCUUCUUGUCAGUCCCGGCUGUUCAUGCGUGGGACUUAGUGUCCUGCCCGAGAAUGUAGUUCAGACGUGUGUUAAACUCCACCGUUCACGACGCCGAAGUUUCCUCUAUGGCUAAGCGAUCGAAGCCAACCUUCCUACAAUCCAUUGGCGGUACUUCAAAGAGCUCUCCUUAUUACGACGAAGAAGCUGCCCAUGUCAGCCAAAAAAUUGAUGAUGAACUCAAGAGGGAAUGGGCGCGACGAAAGGAUACUCAGAGAAGACAAGUCAAAGUCAUGCUCUUAGGGCAAGCGGAAUCUGGAAAAUCCACGCUGCAAAAGCAAUUCCAACUAUAUUAUGCUCAUCAAACCCUCGACCACGAACGGCCACUGUGGCGGCCUGUUGUUUACUUCAAUAUCAUUAAGGCUGUACGGAUGAUCCUCGAUGAACUUGACCAUGAAUUUUCAACCUUGGAUUCCGAUCAAUCUACCGAAGGCCAGGCCGUCGCACACGCCCUGGCCCCUCUAGGAGAUGUGAAUGGAGAGAUAUCUCGGCUCAGGUCCAGGCUGGUUCCUCUCACAUCAAUGGAGGACUCGCUUGCCUCAGAACUAAACAGCGGAGUUCAUGUUGCUGGAGGUCGCAGUGGGGUGUAUGUUCGCGCUGGGUGGCAAGCCCUUGUAGCUCCACUGUCUCCAAAUCGGAGCCAAGCAGCCCUUGCCACUGGCGGUCCGACGCCUGGUGUCGCACACGUAACAAAUCUAGCAUCGAGGACACUCAUGUCUGUUCAGAACGAAAUCGAUGAUCUAUGGAAACAUCCAGCUGUUCGGAUAUUACUGAAUAAUCGCCGGAUACGACUGGAUGAAUCUGCUCCAUUCUUCUUGGAUGAUAUCGUACGCAUAGCACAAUCUGACUACCUUCCGACAACAGCGGAUUUACUUAAUGUCCGUCUACAAACGCUGGGCGUAUCAGAGCACUCUUUCGACAUUGAACUUUGUGGAACUCGAUACAAUUGGCUGAUGUACGAUGUAGGAGGUGCGAGGCACGCAUGGGUACCAUAUUUUGAUGAUGCAACAGCAAUCAUAUUUCUUGCGCCAAUCAGCGCAUUCGAUCAGUACCUUGAAGAAGAUGGCCGGACUAAUCGACUGGACGAUUCGCUCCAGUUGUUUACCGCGAUAUGUUCGAACAAACUCCUAAAGAAUUCUCACUUGGUACUUUUGCUGAACAAGGUUGACUUGCUGAAGAAGAAGUUAGAAUCAGGAAUCAAAGUUCGGAAGUACAUUACAUCGUACGGAGAUCGGCCCAAUACAUAUGCGGACGUGUCGGAGUAUUUUCGUGCGCACUUUAUCCAGGUCCACCGUCGUAACGACAUCGGACGAAGGGUUCUGUAUGCCCACUUUACCUCUAUGCUUCCUAACGAGCGUCUCUCUUUUGUAGUGGGCGAAGCCAUUAUUCGUUCGCAUAUUGCAAAGACGGGGCUUGCAUGAGCUGCGCACUGCUUCUUGCAGGGUAUACAUGUCAAGAUUCUGAGACUUUCGAUGGAUUUUUCCUCUUUUCCACAUAGCGUAGUCGAUUCCUUUGUACUACAACUACAUUAUAUCUGAUUCCCUUCGCCACCUGCGACUAGAUGUAAACGCUGAAAUUUGUUGCCAGAAACCUCGUUUAGAAUCGAUCGCGAAGUGGGUUUCAGAUACUUUAAGCAAGCGACACAUUGUUACAUGUUAAAAAUUGUGGUGAGUUUUCAUGGACG